CAGCAUCCUCUAUGCCGGCAAUGACAAGUGGUGCUUGGACCCUCGGGUGGUGCUCUUGGCCAACACCAAGACCCAGUACAGCAUCCAGAUCCAAGACGUGGAUGUGUACGAUGAGGGCCCCUACACCUGCUCGGUGCAGACAGACAAUCACCCCAAGACAUCGCGCGUCCAUCUCAUCGUGCAAGUGUCUCCGAAAAUCACCCAGAUCUCUUCCGACAUCUCCAUCAACGAGGGCGGCAACGUCAGCCUCACCUGCAUAGCCACGGGCAGGCCAGACCCUACAAUCACCUGGAGACACAUCUCACCCAAAGCCGUGGGCUUCAUCAGCGAGGACGAGUACCUGGAGAUCACGGGCAUCACGCGGGAGCAGUCGGGCGAGUAUGAGUGCAGCGCCUCCAACGACGUGGCAGCGCCCGUGGUGCAGCGAGUCAAAGUCACUGUCAACUACCCGCCGUACAUCUCGGACGCGAAGAGCACCGGGGUGCCGGUGGGGCAGAAGGGCAUCCUGCUGUGCGAAGCCUCCGCCGUCCCCUCCGCCGACUUCCAGUGGUACAAAGACGACAAGCGGCUGGCUGAAGGACAGAAAGGCCUGAAGGUAGAGAACAAGGCCUUCUUCUCCAGACUGACCUUCUUCAACGUCUCCGAGCAGGACUACGGCAACUACACCUGCGUGGCCUCCAACCAGCUAGGGAACACCAACGCCAGCAUGAUCCUUUACGAAGAGACAACUACCGCUCUGACACCCUGGAAAGGCCCUGGCGCGGUGCACGACGGCAACAACGGCGCGUGGCGACCGGGCGGCCACGCGUGGCUGCUG